GAGUCAAACUCUCCUGAUCACUGAAAUGAUACGAACUUCCCAUCUCCAUCGCCCAUUCAACCACAGGGUGGAUACUUUACAUUCUUAGCACCGUGCCCCCAAACAUGAUUGGUCAGCUCUCGGCCGACACCCUCGAGGGACAGCCAAUCAUCGCGUUUGCAGUAAGCAGGCCGGUUCCGGUUCAUCCCCCGUCGUGCUCCACGGUGUAUCCGCCCAGUGCGUGCCUGCCUGUCCUGUCGACCUACCCCCCUCACGAGGAGCCGUGGUUGGUAUCAAAGUGGGAUAAAAAAAACACCAGAACCCUCGUGUCGGGGAACCGGGUCAGACGGAGAGGCAGCGGCUGGAAGAGUUCGACGGUCCGGACAGGGUUUUACUUCAACGGCUCGUGAAGGGGAAAAAAGCGCGAGGAUGGACCCGCUGGUUGCUGCGAUAGAUCAGGGCACGAGCUCGACGAGGUUCCUGGUGAGUGACGUGGAACAGACGUUGGAAUGUUAACGUUAAUUUCACAGACGGUUGGGAUUCUUUACGUUAAAACACGACGUUUUAUAUUUUAUCUUUUAACGGUGGUUAAAAGGUUGGUAAUAAUCGAAAAAGUACCGAACUAAAAAGAACAAAUUUGAAGUUAUUUGAAAAUUUAAUCGCGCGAGUUUAACCGGUUCGGAUUAGGACAAACGGUUGGCUCAAAAUCUACGAUUCUUCGACAGAAACCGUCGAAUAUUUCUAAAUUUCGCGUCAAUUUUACCCGUCAAAGUCAACAUUCAACGCAGAUGUGAAUGUUAUCGCCACCAGACAGUGUUUUAUCUACUCAGACUUUAAUUCGACUGCAGUGUUAAUCGAUUAAAAUCUUUAUCCGUCGCCUCAGCUGUCAAGAAGUCAUGUAGCCAGGUUAGUGUGGCACUUCUACACUUUGUUGGAUAAAACUACAUAUGUUACAAGAGAAAAACAGUUUUUUGUACUGGAUUUGGAUUAACAGUCUCAAAAUUAUUUAUUCAACAAAAUGUUGAGAGAGGAAAAAAUAUGACAAUCCCAACUAAACAGAAACUUCAUCACAUCUGGCAUCAUGUUUCAGGUUUAUUUGGAAAAUCUCUGGAUAUUUGAAGGGAAAUAGUCACAAAAUCAGCUUUUCCCCCCCUAAAUAAUAUAUAAUAAGUUCUACACAGAUUAAUAUUGGUGACACGGUCCAGUACUGUCAAUUUUUCUGGACCUGGAUAGACAAAUAUGGCAUUUUUACGCUCUACUACUUUCUCCUUGUAUUAAAUUUGUUUCUUUUGCACAAGUUGACAUGUCUGACAAAGACACUGUUGGAUACAGAUCGUCUACAUUAUAAUAUGACAGUGUUCGCUGUAACAAGAGUGUCUGAGUGUCAAGAGUCAUCUGUAUGAAGUCCUCUGUGUUUGGAUUAAACAUGUGAUUCAGUAAUUUUCAGGUCAUUGUGAGGACGUCAUUGUGUGUUCUGUCUGCAUCGUUUACAUCAGGAGUUUGGGUUGUUGGGAUCGUAUUGAAUCUUGGUGAUUGAUCACUGAAGUGAAUAUCUUUAAUCUCAUUUGACCGUGGAGUUAGGUGCUGGAUGAUAAUACACUUAAAAAGUUCAUGACCCCUUUUUAAGGAACUCAUUAUCUGUGUUGAAAGGAGCACCAGUUUUGUUUGACACACCCCUCAGUUUUAAGUCCAGCUGAACAGAAUUCAGAUUCAUCUCAUUAAUAUUAAAUCCUGCUAACUUGACCAGUUUUGACCAGCCUGAUGAAGCUCCUCGACUUUUUCCAUGUGUUGGUUUGUUUACAGUUUAGCCACAUGAAUCCUGUUCAGAGAGCCAUUGUCUUUAAAUUGGGCUUCCUAAACCAGGUCAGCUGGAAGACUGAAUUUGGCGCUGAAGACGGUAUUUCUGGGCUCAGUGGAGAUAAAAGUUUGACCUGUGGUUAGUUUUUCAAAGAAGAGACUGAAAGGAUCUGGUUUGGUCCGCCAGAUUUGUUUUUUUAUUGUCUGUGAUAUUGUCCCAAAUCCAAAAUUUGUGCUCUGAUUUCCAGGUCGUACAUCGCGUGUAUUCUGGAGGUAAAAUGGCUGAUUUGCGUCAAAGACUGGGGUUAAAAACAUCUGUGUGUUUGCAGACAUGUUGCAUUGAUAACAGCCUGUCUGAGCAGUGGCAGUCUGCAAGAGCAAAAAAAUAUGUGUCAGGUUUAUUACUAUCUGACUUUUAUUGUCUAUAAAGAUUAACACCAGAGAACAACCAAGUCUUUCAUUAUAUUUGGGUCUGUUUGUGCGUCAUAUUGAUUGAAUCCAAAGUCAUGGUUUUCCAUCACAAACAGGGGCCCUGACAGUUCUCGUGAUGUUUUCCUAAAGUGGUCCAAAGGUCCUGGUUUUAACCCUCGAUGAGGUCCUUAACUGAGAGCUCAGACAGUGAAAGGGUCGAGUUAAACUUUAACAUAGUUUGGUGUUUGUUAUCGUCCAUCCUAGUGCUUGGAUGAGGAGACAGAGAGAACAUGCUGCUCAUCGAAGCUGAAAACGAUGACGAAGGAGAAGAGGCCGCGUACAUGUGAUUCAUACUUUUGUAAUUUCCUUUACCUGUUGUGCAACAGCAAGGUGUCUCCCUGAGCAGAGAAAGUGCUAAGAAAAUAUUUUAGAAAUGAAAAAGCUCAUUAUGAUUUAACACCAAAAAGUGACACUCUAUAAAGUCUGUGUGGACAAUAAGCUGCUGAUAAAGUCUGCUUCCCUCUGUCUCAGUCAGGACCAGAUGUUGUGUGGUUUUUGUUGGUACACAGAGGGGUUAUUGUGCACACAGAUUUCUGAUAAAACCUGUGAUGUGUUAGUGAAGUCUGGAUUUGUUUAUUUGAAGCAGAGAGAUCAGUCUGAUUUGGGAUCUUUUGUUUUGGCGGGUCAGAAAACCUUCCAUUUCAUUUCCAGGUGACAAACUGGACUGAGCUGUUUUCUUCUGUUUUAGUGGGUUUAAAAAGCUUCAGUCAUUUAGUGAAUGCAGAAGGAGUGUUAGGAGUGUUAUGCAGAAAAUGACACUUCAAGUGGAAACUGUCGUCAUGGAUUUUGUUGUGUGGGGACAGAGAGUGAAUGAUUCACAUUCUUGGUUAACUUUAAGGUCAAGGUUACCAUCCUGAGAAAAUGUGGAAAUUCGACUUGUUGGAGUACAUUGUCAGUUGCCAUAACUAGGUCAGCCUUUAAACAUUCGAGGUAAAGUUUUGGUCUGGUGACGUCCUGAUUUGUCUGUCCCGGUUGUGAGCUCUGUCCUUUUAUAGUCAGAGAGGAUGUUCCUGUGUGCCAUCCAACUCUGUGGCUUCAUCUGAAUGUUACCUCCCCUCGUCUUGGUGUCACAGAGUUCAGGAUGCAGCAUGUGUGCGUAUUUGUGACUCGAUAGCUGCGUGAAGGUCAGAGAGAUCAAGGUUGCUGUAAACUGCUCUUGUUAAAUGUUCCACUAAGUGAGAGGUGAAGCGAGCAGCCUUGAUUUGCAGUGGUCUGGACCACUCGCUCAUAAGCCGUACACUUUAUCCUAUUACCCGAGAUGAAAUGCUGACUUCUGCCCCACUCUACAGGUUAAUAUGCUGCCCCCUGUUUAAUCUCCUCCCUCUGUAAUCAAGAGCUAACUCAGUCUGGAAAAUGUCCGAGCUUAGAGAUGGUGCUGCAGAAAAAUAAUCAUCUCCUGUCCAGAUUCUCCACUUUCCCCCUAACAUGGAGUAAAUAAGUUAUUGAGAAGUUUGAAAAAUGAAGCUGAUUGAUUUUGACAAACUCAUCUCCUCAUGAACCACAGGUGCUCAGUGAAGUGGAAAUGACUCAGUUUUUCAAAAUCAUCCUCAACUUUAAAAUUCGUAAAUUCAGAUUAAUAAUCAGCCUCUGUGACCAUCUCGUCUUUCCUUGUCCUCACCUUUCUAACUUUAGGUGCAAAUCUUUGUUUUUCUCCUCAGGUGUUUAAUGCCAAAACAGCUGAGCUGAUCAGCCAACACCAGGUGGAGAUAAACCAGAGCUUCCCAAAGGAGGGGUAAGUGUUUGGAGUGAAACCGACUUAUCUCUGUCCAAAAUAACAUGCUAGUUACAUUUUCGAUCAAUUCAUCAUCGUUUUCUACUCAAUGACAGAAAACUGUGAAAUGCAGUUUAGCACUUUAUGCAGAAAUCAAACAGUGUCUUAAUUUUCAUCUAGCAUCUACUGAAGUGCAGAAAACAGCCAGGAGUCUCAAAUUUUAAUCUUUUCAACUGGACGAAAAAAGGCCACAUAUUGUCACGGCUCUGCAUGUUUUGGUGCUUCCAGUUAAACUGUAAUAAAGGUUAAUGUUUUACUUUAUUUGGUGUGUAGGACAUGAUGGAGUCCAAAGUUCAGCUCUGUUUUUAUUUCACUCACUUUGUUGAUGGUUUUUUUUAAGAGUCACUUCAAACUUUUAUACGAGACCCGGCUAACAGCAGGAUUGUUAUUCUGAACAUCAGUAACAGCUGCUGCAUCUUUACAGUCAAAGUCAGAACAAACUCACAUGAAUUUACACGAAUCUGCUCUGUACAGGUUUUUGGUUUCGUUCCCAUUUUUGAGUCUCUCGCACAUACAGGGCUCAGAGUGUGUACAUGUCUGUGUUUGUGUUUCCUCAGCUGGGUGGAGGAGGACCCCAAGGAGAUCAUGCAGUCUGUGUACGAGUGCAUGGAGAGGACCUGUGAGAAACUGUACCAGCUCAACAUUGACGUCUCCAACAUAAAAGGUGAGAAACCGCCUCUAAAAGCACCAAAACUGACCCUGGACCACACCCUGGAGAGAGAGAGUGAGAAGUGGGUGGAGUUUGUGGUUUUGCUGAUGGUAAUAUUGUCGUUGUUGUUGUUGUUGUUGUUUUCUCAGCGGUGGGAGUGACCAAUCAGAGGGAGACGACCCUGGUUUGGGACAAAGAGACCGGAGAGCCGCUCUACAACGCCAUCGGUGGGUUUUGAGUUUACAUUCAGGGCUCUGUGUGAUGAAGUACGGCUCACUGUGACAGAAGAAAAAUAUAUUUGACUUUUAAAAUUGAGAGGGAAAUUAAAAGAGUGACUUUGACUGGAUUAAAGUCUGACACCAAAUACAGACAUCCUCCCACAUACUGACUCAAAAAGCUGCGUUUUCCAGCAUGGGUUUAGUUGCAGCAAUCGCAGCCCUUUGUUUGCUGCAGCGUGACGUGAUCUACUGGGGUAAAGGCAAACUUCAGUUUUUUAUCAGUCUUCAAACAUCGGCUCACUCUUGUUUUGUUGUCCAGGUUCAGAAGCAGCUGAGUCCUCCCGUCGUUAUUUUUGAUUCAGUCUGAGUUUCUUUAAAACUUGUUCUGGACGUCAGCGAUCACAUGUCCCGGUUAUUCGAUCAUUAGAUUAUCAAACAAGAGGGUUGUGUCAUCUCGGAAACUUCACAGUGCAUGACUGUGCUCCAUCAGAUGAGACUGUAGUGUCCAGUGUCAGCCCGUCACCGCCCCACCUCCCACCGCACCGCCCCGCCGUGUGAGCAUGAAUCAGUGUAGGAGCUGAGCACAUGGAGCCACCACCCACUGAAGGCUUAAUGUGUGAGCUAAUAUUACCAGCACAGAGAGACUCUCAUUCAUACCCCCCACUGAGGCCUGUGGGUUCAGCCUGAAAGGCGGGUUUCUCUGCCCAUUGGUUGCUAUUCUGAUGGAAUGUGAGGGAUGUGUUGGGGGUGGGUGGUGGUCGGUCGGUCUGUCUGUCGGAGUGCACUGUAGCUCCUCAGGAGACAGGACUGUUUGUGUUUCUACUGUGAAUCAGCUCAGGGUUAAAAAUGUCAAUCACUGGUUUGAUGUUCGGGCUUCAGUUUUUGAUCAGACAUCCAGAGUGAUGUUGAGAGACAUGCUGUUUGAAGGAUUUACAGUGAAUGUUUCUGUUUCCUUAAAUCAGCAGAUUGUCGGGUCGAUCUGAGGUUGAGGUGUUACCUGUUCCUGUCAACUGUAGAUUAAACUUUGAUCUAGUUUAUUAUUUUUUCAAUGUUUCAACAGACAAACGAACUUCAAACAAAACAAAUGUAAUGGAGCUAAAAAUAAAAGUAAUAAUUAUAAAAUAAAUAAAGAAAAUCAAAAUUAGACAGGCAGGUAAGUUGGCAAGGCGAGAAAGUUAACACAUCUGUCCACCAAAACUAUCCCAUUUUUCUUUUUUCAUAUCAUUUUCACAAUUUAAUCUCCCCAACAUCUCCUCACAUGCCACAGUCCCCAUCAUCUGUGUUUUCCACAGACUCGGUGUGGGAGCGUGGGGUUCCUUCCAACACCUCAGAAUAGUCUGUGCACAUGUUAUCAGGCCAGUUUUUAAUAUUCUAAAACUGUAUUUAUCUGGGAAGUUCGUAAUUUAACGAUUUGCUCAUAUAGUCUGUAACUUUUUCCCACGAGGGGAGGAUCGUAGAACAUUCCCAUAAUGCAUGAAUAAAUGUUCCACUUUCUGCCCCACACUUCCAACAAAGAUCAUUAUUAAUUAAACUCAUUCUGUUCAGUCUUGAUGGUUGUCAUUAUUCAUUUUAAACACUGUUAAGGUCGGCUGUGAACUCCUUGGUAUGCACUUUACUGACGUUCCAACCCUCUCACAAAAACAAGUUAAUGAAAACAUGCGGGUGUUGAAUCUGUGGUGUGAAGAAUAACCAUCCUCAUAUAACUUUGACUGUGUUUGGUUGAGAUCUCUGGUGCUGCAGCAGAGUCUCCAUGCACCAGGAUGCACCGCAUACAUCAAUAAAAAUCAUCAAAAAUGGUGACAUGAUGGAGCAUCAGGGGAUAAUUCAGCAGACUGAGCGUCUGCAUACUUUCAUAAGUUUAUCUUCUGUUGAGAUCUUUGAGUUUGAAUCUUAUUUACGCUCUUUCUGCAGUUUGGUUGGACCUUCGCACACAGUCCACGGUGGAGCGGCUCAUCAGCAAAGCUCCAGGCAAGAACAAGAACCACCUCAAGGUGAGAGUCGUCCACAUGUAAAGUUUGUUUUUAGCUUUUGGAUUCAAUUCAGGCUGCAGCAUCAAAAAGAACAACAGAAAUCACUCUUGGUGUUUUUCUCUGUCCACAGCACAAGACCGGCCUUCCUAUCAGCACGUACUUCAGCGCAGUGAAGCUGCGAUGGCUGCUCGACAACGUGGACGAAGUGCAGCAGGCGGUGCUGAGUGAACGCGCCAUGUUUGGGACAGUGGACUCCUGGAUCAUCUGGGUAAGAUUUGCUGAAAGAGAUCAACUCAGAAUCAGAUCAAGCUGAGGCAUGUUCACUGAGAUCUCCCCGUUCAGUCAAAAUGAUUCAGAUCAGACUGACGAUGAAUCAGCAGGAGUCUUUCUUUGUUACCUCUGCAGAAGUUUCCCAUAAGGCUGACUGAAGACCUGUUUUUUUUCCCUUCAGUGUCUAACAGGAGGUAGGAGCGGAGGAGUUCACUGCACAGACGUCUCAAACGCCAGCCGCACCAUGCUCUUCAACAUUCACACUAUGAACUGGGAUCCUGAACUCUGCAGGUAAACGAGCACCUGCACAAAAUCUGAUGACUGAAUUCAAUAAACCCACCAGGGUUGUUUUGAAGCUGACUGCUUGUUGUCGUCCUGUUUGCAGGUACUUUGACGUCCCGAUGGAGAUCCUCCCCAAAGUCAGAAGCUCCUCUGAAAUCUACGGCUUCAUGGUGAGCUCGGCUAACCUGAGAGUCUUCUCUGUGGUUCAAUAACACUGUUUUUGUGUGUCAAGAUCAGCCUGAGUGUGUUUUAUGACUUGUUGGAGUGAUUUUGUCGAUCAGUGUAGAUAAAGGUCAGACUAUAGUCAUAAAGUAUUCCAGUGAAUGGUCUCAUUAGAUAUUUAAAUGACUAUGAAUGUCAUAAAAUCUGAUAAGAUAUGGAGAGAAAGUCGCAGGAACAGCUGAUAGUGAGGAAGUAAAAUAUUUUAUAUCGCUCAGUCAUCGUCGACCUGUUGACUCGGAUGGACAGAAAGGUCACUGGACUCUGUCGGCAGAUAGACGUAAACAGAUUUGACUGGUCUGUUUGGAGUUACUGUGCUGUGUUAUGUUUUAUCAGAGGUUUGAAGUUGUUAGUUUUCUUUUGUCCAGAUUUCUGGAUUAAAACUACCAGGGUUAGAAAAAGUGAGACAGAAACAUCCUCAUCCUUGUUGGUUAUUCUCUCUCCUCUCUGCACCUGUAGAUUCACUCUCAUUUUAUCUGUUUGAAUGAUUUCGAUAUAAAACCAGACUGAUGGUCUGACGUGACGCCCUUCUUCCUGCCUGCUGUUGUGAAUCCUCUUCCUCAGAAAUCCCCCCUCCUGUUAUCUUUGUCUUUAUAACGGCUCUUAUCUCUCCUCUGUGGCAUUUUCUGGCCUGUUUAACUCGUUUUAUGCGACACGCACCUUGCCCUGCAGUUCAGAGGACAUCAGCACGGAGGCUUUGUUUAUUUUCACUCCUCUAAGGGGCGUUUCCUGAGAACAGUUGUUGUAAACCUCAUUUUUUUGAUUGGAUAUCAUUUGUAGGAGAUAAAAAAAAAUCUGGCGACCUGAGCCACACAUGUAGACAAACUGUCAGUGUGUUGAAGCGGUUAAAAGCGGUUAAAGUGAUAAAAACCACCUCCCUGGAUAUGAUCAUCUACCUGACAGUGAUGACUCACUUCCUGUUUAUGCAGAAUGACCUCUUUAGGAUUCAUUAUAUUAGAUAUUAACAUGUCCUGAUGUGUGUAACAGAAGAAAGAAACUCUCUUCAGUUUGAUGAGACUACACUCAGGGUUUCUCACACACUGAUGUUGCACCUGUUGGGGGGCAGGUGGGCGAGGGUUAGGGGUGAAGCCGGGGUCCUCCAUGUUCAUCAUGUAAUGAUCUAAAACUGUAUAAUUAAAUGUAAGUGGAGAUUUUGUGCUUUGGCUGAAGGCUUUAAUGUGAAACUUUUUACUGCCUCUGUGUGUUGAGUUCAAACUUGCAGUUACACAACAAACAGUCUGUUCAGCCUGCAGCCAUUUAAGCAAACUCUAAACACGUGUGUGUUUGUGUGUGUCUGUGUGUGUUUGUGUGUCCUAAAACAGAAGUCUGGAUCACUUGCAGGAGUUCCCAUCUCUGGGGUAAGGAUGUGUGUUCAUGUUAUGUAACAUUAUUAGAGCCGUCUUUGCACCCUGGUGUGUGUUACAUGUGGCUCUACUGUGGUCAGAUUUAUAACCACACAUCUGUGAAACUGUAAAGUUCAGAUUUAUUCAGAGGUCAUCAAACAUCGUCUUUACAGUUCAGUUUUUAAUCAUUUGUGUUAUUGCGUACAUCUUCUUAUGAACCUCUCCUCUGUCAGUGUCUCGGGGAUCAGUCGGCCGCUCUGGUUGGUCAGAUGUGUCUAAAAGAGGGUCAGGCCAAAAACACGUAAGCUACCAGACUUUGAUUUUUUUGUCCUGAUGAGGUGAAUCUAACCUGUGAUUGGAUCAUGUGACUCUGAUCGCUCUCUCUUCUGUAAAGGUACGGGACCGGCUGCUUUCUGCUCAGGAACACCGGCACAAAGGUAAGAAAAAAACUCAGCAUGAGAAAAACCUUCAGCUGAAGAGUCUCUUCACGUUUGUUUGACGGUUUUUCUUCUGUGUCUCUCAGCCUGUGAUGUCCGAUCACGGCCUGCUGACCACGGUGGCCUACAAGAUGGGGAAAGAGGAGUCAGCCUGCUAUGCACUGGAGGUAUUUAAAGCUUUUCUUUCCUCUUUUUAAUCCUCAUUAAGAUGAUAUCUCACCUCCCUGUCCUGAGAUCCUGAUGUUUUUCUCUCACCCUCUCAGGGUUCAGUGGCCAUCGCCGGGGCAGUCGUACGGUGGCUGAAGGACAACAUGGGGAUCGUAAAGUCCUCAUCAGAAAUCGGUACGCAGGCUGUGACAUCUAAACAAUCUCAGAUGGAAAUUUAGACUGAUUCAUAAACAAAUGCAGCCUCUAAAACUAACGCUGCAGUAAACAUUAGCUUAAACUAGACGGUAUAGAAGCUAGAACUUUUUUUAAAGAGUAAAAACGUUAAUUUUCCGACUGCUCUGAAGCUGAAACCAUAAAAGUGAGCACAAAUAAAGGCUGAGAUGAUCUAAGUGUGUUUUAUGUUUUAAAUCAGUCUCCUUUUCUAACAUCUCCACGUCUCCUCGUCUUGUUUCAGAGACUCUAGCAGCCGCUGCAGGCUCGUCUUACGGCUGUUACUUCGUGCCGGCCUUCUCAGGGCUCUACGCGCCCUACUGGGAGCCGAGUGCGAGAGGGUGAGACAGUCAGCUGUUCAAACACAUCUCAGCUUUCAACUGUAGUUUGACCCUGAGAAGAGGACAGACAUGUUUGUGGAAAUAAUGUGUUUUUUGUUUGUUUGGGUUCGUAGCUUCUUCUCAAAACACCAUAACAAAAAAAAACAGGGAUCUGUCUUCCUGUUUUGAAUCAGCAUGUUCUUUCACUGUGUGCUGCGCUCUCGUGUUGAGUCUGUUUCUCCUUUGUGUUGUUGUGCAGCAUCAUCUGCGGCCUCACUCAGUUCACAAACAGAAACCACUUGGCGUUCGCAGCGCUGGAGGCCGUUUGCUUUCAGACCAGAGAGGUAAACCGAGUUCCCGAGUCCUUCCUCUGAGUUUCAGCUUCUUUUGUGGAUGAGUGAGAAACAUGUGACCGCAGCAGCACCUGUUCAGUGUGACCGGACUGGACCGGUUUCAACAGAGCUGGGCCUGAUCCCAGUCUCCACUCUGAAGGCUGUGCCCUCGGCCUGCAGAUCACGAGACUGAGAGAGCUCCAGACAAAUGUAGACGAUUUAAACGACGAUCUGUCCUGUAGAUUCAAAGGAAAUAACAUAAACCUCUCUGUUUAUCUACAUCUAAAUUCACAAUAAGAUUUUGGUAAGAUGUCUUAUGACGAUCACAUUGUCGCUGACAGAUCCUGGAUGCGAUGAAUCUGGACAGCGGCGUUCCUCUGACUCAGCUGAAGGUCGACGGAGGCAUGACGUCCAACAGAUUACUGAUGCAGCUGCAGGCCGACAUCCUCUGCAUGCCCGUAGGUAAGAGAGCCACCAGACGCUGCGCGUGAAGAUAAAACACAAACAAGUGUGCGUCUAUUUAAAAUGAAGAUCGGUUCAUCUUCAUAAACCUGAGCUGUCAGAGCGGGUGACGGGAGUCUGAACCUGGACUUCAGACUUUUUUAAAGCUCUUGACUUUUGCCCGACUUUGAGAAAAACAAACAAAAACAUGAACUCUGAUCUGAUUCAGGUAGAUAGAGCACAGACGUUCUGUUCACAUGAGCGUGUCCUCAUGAACUUUAGGAGAACAGACGAGACUACACUGACAUUACAAAGUCCAACUUCAUCCAAACCAGACAAUACCAAGUUUGUUUUAAAGCUCCUGAAAGGAAAGAUUCAAACUGAUGUUUUUUAAUGAUGUGCAAAAGCAAAUCAGACCAUCAGCAACAACAUUCAUGAUUUUGAUAGAAGGAGGAAGAUGUCAGCAGAGCAGCUGAAGGAGCUGAAGGAGCUGGAAAAUGCUGCCGGACAGGAACGUCUGGACUGACGAGUCACACCUGCCUGGAGGAUCAGGGAUUAGUCGGUCUGUUUCUAACUUUCUCAACAUUUUUAUCUCCUGUGUGUGUGUGUGUGUGUGUGUCUGAUGUAAAGCGAGACCCACCAUGGCGGAGACCACAGCUCUGGGAGCAGCCAUGGCGGCGGGGGCGGCAGAAGGUGUGGACGUGUGGGAUCUGAGUGUGGAUCACCUCCCACACGUCAUGAGAGAGAAAUAUGAGCCUCAGAUCAACUCUGACGGUAAGACAGGAAACCUGUGACGCACAUUUCCGCUGCUUGAAUCCGCCGUGACCUCUCUCUCUCUUUCUCUUUCCUCACAGAGAGCGAGUACCGCUUCGCUCGCUGGAAGAAAGCCGUCCAGAAAGCCAUGAACUGGGAGACCACGGAGCCGUGCUGCAACAAUGGUGCGUUUAUAAACUUGUAGAAAACUCCAAACCUGAAAUUCAAAGUUAUCUCUGUUUCAUGUCUGAUAGCAGAAUGUUUCCUGAACCUCCAGUGUUGAACCUGUGCAGCAGUCUGACUCUGAUCCAUGUUGGAUCUUCUUCUUCUUCUCUGCUAAUAACAGGUUUAGGAAAGAAGAUGAACGGCGCCCCCUGGGGGGUCCCUCCCACCCCUCCUCCUACCCGAGCAGACCCCUAAGGUCUGAGGUUUACUGCUGCUGCUGCUGCAUGUGAAGUUUUGGGACUUUAACCUGUUUGUGUUCUGACAGGACUGACUUUGGCAUGGUCACAUUUCUGAGUGUUACUAACACAGAGAGGUGAAGGUGGAGACCGACACAGUGAUGAAACUCAAGACUCCUCAGAUAAACUUUGAUUUUUCUGAUGUUUACCAGAGCUUGUAAUUGGACGAAUCAUGAAAUAUAACUAAAGAAAAGUUCAGUCAGAGAUUUGAAGUCAAGUUUUACCGACAGAGGAGUUUAAAAUAUCGUCAUCAGGUCUGUGUCGGUCCAGACCUUGUGUGUGUUUGUGUGUUUGCAUGUUUGUCUGUGUGUAAUAGAGACAUUUAUGUCUGUUGCUCUGCAGUAUUUUUAAAGUGAGAUUAGCAGUACAUUUCAAAAUUAAAGCCCAAGUGGAAUUACUUUGACAAGUACAUCUCAUUGCCAGCAGGGGGCAGACACAGUUACUGGAGAUUUAGCUUUUCAAUUCAUCAAUAAACAUGAUUUAUUUGAGGUUAAAAUCAGAUGAAUCAGGGUGUGUUUUGGUAAUAAUGAGUCUUGACUCUGGUAAUUUCCACACCUUCAAACUUCAUAGGACAGAGAAUAAAACUUAUUAAUAAAUCCUGUGUUAUACAGAGUUAUCGCCCAGGUCUGGGUGAGUUUAUGACCCACAGGGAGGCCUAUCAGCUCAGCCCCUUUGAUGAGAAACUGAUGGAUAAUUUCACCACAUAAUUUAGUCAUUUUUGAGAUAAAUACAAGGCUACACACAAUUUUGGAGUCUUUUUUUUUUAGCAUUUUCCUGUCAGAAAGCCACUUCAUUUCAGCUCUACCUGUGAGUGUGGUCUUCCUGCUCAGAUCAGAGAUGAAGAACAGAACCAAACUUUGAAAAGAAGUUUCAAUAAGACAGUUUUAUAAGUGCCUAAUGUAGAUUUUUACACAUUUGGUUUCAAACUGUCUUUAAAAUAUCCCCAAAAGAUCUGUGGGGUUGUUAUAGAAAAGCCUUUAUUUUUCCAGGGUUCUCGGGGUUCGGAGGUCAAGGUCUCAUUUAUAAAUAAAGGCUUUUUAUGAACCUCUGAAUGUCUCAGAUCUUUUGAAUAAGUUUAUAUUAGAUCCUAACACUGAAGAUAAGCAGAGGGACACGUUUUCACCCUCGUCUUUAUUCCGGUGCAGCUCUCUCUGCUUCUUUUCAGCCUCUCUUUUAACCAACUGUUCUGACUUUAACCGAAGGGAAACUCCUCUCAGUGAAACAUCCUCUGACAUGACCUGUUUUAUUCUCCUCACAGAUCACCAGCAGUGAAUGUUAUACGAAGCCUUCACAGGAAUAUAGACGUUUACUACGGAGCAGGACUGGAAGUAGAGAGUUGUUUCUUAAAGGACGUGACGGCCGCUGGAAGUUUCACGCCGCUGUAACGUAACGGAAAUCCUCAAACCUCAAGUGCCCGCCCAAUGAAAGACUUGUAGAAACAACCUUGAACUGUUUUUGUCUUCCUUAAAGCAGCCUCUUCAAACUAUGAAUUUAGCUUCUUGUACAGAGAAAAUCAGGUGUUUAUAGUCAGACGUAAAGAGAUGCACUAUUGUACCUCAUCACUGUAACAAAGGGACACUGCAAUGUUGUGAUUUUAACAUUUGUACUGUACAGUGUCAGUAUUUCUGCUUCUUCCCUCUGACUUUGGGACUGAAGAGAUGUCAUCUGGACCUCAUGUAAACGGUGACUCCUCAGCGUACGUCCUUUCACAGUCGGCUUUGUUUCUGGAUGAAAUGAAGAGGAAUCGGACGGACGCUUUUGGGUCGAAAUAAUCAACCACUGGAUCUUUUUGAAUGAGCGAUCAGAUUAAGAAGAAAAGAGGACGUUUUGACAUGUUUUCCAUCCGAUUCAGGCGACACGGAGUGGACGCUUUGCAGGCUCUCAACAGCACUUUAUAAUUUAUCCUGAGUGGAGAGGAUGGAUAUGAGAGCCGUGCAUGUUUUUUUUUUUGUAAAGGGAGGAAUGUAUCUGAGCCAGAAUGUUUUUAAGAAGGGAUUUUAUGUUUUUUUAAGCAAACAUGGUACCCAUAUAUGCAAACAGAGAAAGUGAGGGGAGUGGUACUCUGAAACAGGACCCUGUUUUGUAUAUUUUUGGGUCGGAGUGACAAAGAGGUCUAAAAAUCUCGGGGGUUGGAUGUGUAGGAUCAAACAAAUCGACUCACAGGGUUUAGUGAUGCAAAUGACCGACUCAAUUAGUCCUUUGAGGGGCGUGCAACGGUGAAUAAAGACCCCCCAGAGAGAGAGAGAGAGAGAGAGGCAUGUUAAUACAGCUGAGACUCUCACUUUCAAACUACAGGAGUUACUUAGUGGCUAUAAAACGGAUUUAAACUAAUACAGAAGCAAAUGAGACCUUUAGAAAUUAGACUGACUCUGUCUGGACUGUAAGUGUUAAAAAAGCACUUCCAGUCAUAAAUAACAGUACAACAACUGUAUGUACCAUCAGUCAGUUUGACCCCCAAACAUGUCAGAAAUAAACUCUUUAAGGCCCAUGUUUGGAAACUAAGAGUUAGUCCUCAGUUUGAAUCGUUAAGUCACUUGUACUCGAGAGUUUAAUGUCUUAGUCACUGAUAAAAAUUUAACAGGUCACUUUUAUUUGGAAGAAACUAGAAGAUUCAGCUGAUUUUCAGAUUUUAACCCAUCAUUUGAAUAGGAAACAUCUGGUUACUGUAAAAUUAAGUGACUUUUUUCAAUGCAAUGUGUAUAUAAAUGAUCUCUGAUCCUGUCUGUGUGUCAGAGUUUUUUCUCUGUUAUAUUUUUCAUCAAAAUGUGGAGGAAGUUCUGGAGCGCUACAGGAAUGAACAGACGCUGUAACAUGAUGGAAUCAAACUCAUGGAAUAAAUCGAGUUCAGAAGUU